AUGGACGAACAUGAUGAACUCCUCCGCUCCGGGCGGCGCUUGCUCCGGUUUCUGGAUGCGAACAAUGAUGGCCUCCUGUCGGUGGAGGAGUGCCAGCACCUCAAGGAGGAUUCGUGGCUCUUUCCGAGUGAGGAUGCAUUCCUCGCGGUUCUGGAUCCCUACGAUAGUGAGUUUCUGGAUGCGGACGCCCUAUGGCAGCUCCUCUCUGACAGGCUGGAGGCGGAUCCAGCUCAAGGGGAGGAGUGGCUGAAAGGCCAACUCCCCUCCGUGAAGCGACUCUACUCGAUGCGCAGGUCGCAGACGAAACUCAUGGACAGUCCGAAGAGUGCUCGAGGAAGCCCAAGCCCUAUGCGGAGCCCUCUGUCUUCGCGGAGUGCUUCGCGAAGCGCGUCACGGAACGGUUUCAAGCCGGCCUCCCUGGACGUCGCUUGGGAGGAGUUCUGUCGAGCUCUCCAGGUGGCAGAUAUCAACGCAGCUUUCUCAAAGCUCUGCUCCCUUCUACCAACUGACCUGCCUGAAAGCACCAGUGGUACGUCCGUUGUCCUUUACGAGAAGCUCAUGGCCAGGAUGCCCUCCGUGUCCAUUCCGCGCUUCGAGCGACAGAAGGAUUCAGGUGGCUACCCACUCCAUGAUGCACACUUGGGUGUUGUCGGUGCCGGGCCAAUCGGGUUGAGGGCGGCUUUGGAACUGGCACUGCUUGGCGCAAAGGUUCAGGUCUUUGACGUUCGGGAUGGCUUCUACCGUAUGAAUGUCUUGAAGUUAUGGGACUGGGCUGCAGCUGAUCUUCUGGACUUGGGAGCAAAGCACUUGCUCCCAAACUUUUUGACAUACAUCGACCACAUCGGGAUCCGCGAACUGCAGUCGCUGCUGCUGAAAUUGGGCCUGCUUGCGGGAGUCCGCUACACCUGGAGUGCCAGCUUCAAGGAGGUGUGCGCGUCGCCCUCGAAAAAGUUUUUGCGCGUCACGACGCAGAGGGCAUCGCUGGAUUCGCUUGGGCAGCGGACUCUCGGUGCCGAAGAGACCCACAGCCUGUCGGCCCUGGUUGCUUGUGAUGGCGGCAACAGCAGGGUCGCCGCACAGCUGGGCCUCCAGCGAGUUCGAGCUGAUGGUCUCACAGAAGAGCCAGGCUGGGAGUUCGCAGUGGUUGCCAACUUCGAGAAUUUGAUGGAGCCGGACGAUCGCUUAUUGGAAGAGUGCCCACGCGGUUUCUCUGAAGAGGAGUUGUCGCUGGUGAAGAGGCUCAUCUAUCUCCAAGGCGAGACCCAUUACUUCAUCAUGACAGUGGAACCCGAAGUGCUGGCGGAACAUGGUGUGCUGCGCAAUGGUUCCCUCAAGGGGAAGGACCUCCUGUCUGUCGAAAACGUUGAUAUGAAGAAACUCGAGGACUUCGCCCGCAUCGUGGUUGAAGAGUACUCGAAGAAGGUUCGUUCGCUGGGGGACAUCUUCAGCGUUGAGAUCCCAGAAGACUUCUGGACGACGAGGGCGAUUGCUUUGGACCCUCGUGGCCGGCCGGCGCUCUCGGCCUUCGCGUACCACGCAAACCUGACAUGGCUUUCGCAGCCCAUUUACCUUUUUGACGGCUUUGAGCGGGAGCUCCCGGUAUUCUUUGCUGGCGAUGCGCUGCGCGAGCCUUUCUGGCCUUAUGGCGAAGGCUGCAGCCGCGGCUUCAUGGGAGCCUUCGAUACCAUCUGGGCUGUGAGGUCUUGGGCAGCUGGUUUGCGAGGGGAGAAGCUUCGAAGCCUGCGAAAGAAACUCUUCGACUUGGCUUCGAAGGUGGACCCCGUCACGAAGGGCAAGGACGUGCUCCUGCCCUACGAGCGGCCGGUUCCUUUCGCCGGCCUCAGCUUCCUCCGUGGAUUUAAGCAGCUCUCCUGGCCUGCCUGGGGCUUUGACGGCCGCAAGCGGCCGACGAGUUUCGACUACACCGUGGACCCAACGACGAGGUAUCGUGUUUACGAGGACGAAGAGCCCAAUGGCCGGCAGGCCAGCAAAGUGUGCUUUGUAGUCUUCGACACUGCAGGCUUUAGGCUUCAUGACACCAUGAUGGUGAAGACUCAGAUCCGUAGGUAUAAGAAGUCAAUGCAGGAUGUGACCUCAGAGGAUUCUGCAUGUUACCUCCAGGAAUUGACGGUCUUUGCUGCUGUGCCCUGCACGGGCACAGUGGCAUACCAACCGAGACCCCACAAUGGGGAAGCGGACAUUCCUCCGCCGGGAUUCGAUGUGAUUAAUUCCGCCAGACUUCGCCGCGCAGCCGUCGAGAAUCUGCGGUUCCUCCAGCAGAGGCGUGACCUUUCGUUUGUGCAGUCGCCAAACCUGCGCUUGGAGACGGGUGCCUUGAUCCUCUCAGAGUUGCUGGGACAAGGACUGCUACUGCCCGAGCGGCCCCUGUCUGUGGAUGCCGAUGAGGCUUCAGAACCCUUCCACCGCGCUCUGCAUGAGCUUUCGGCGCGGCUCCCGCCAGGGGCACGCAUCGGCUUCACAGCACGAGUCUCUGGUCUUGCUGGGGUGGCAGCCGCGGCGUACAGCGCAGUCCGCGAGACCUUGGGUCCGGAGCGAUUCCUUUGGCAUGGAACUGCUUGGGAAUGUGUGCCCAACAUCGUGCGUCAUGGGUUCAAUCGGGCAUAUGCCUUCAACGCCAGGCAUGGCUCCAAGCUGGGACGCGGCGUCUACUUCGCAGAAGAUCCGGCGUAUGCACUACGCUUUGCGGGACGCACCCAGUCCAGCCGUGCACUGCUGUUGGCUGGGGUGCUGCCUGGCCACUUCACUCGCGGCAAGGAGGGUCUUCUGGAACCCCCGCGCUGUGACUCUUCUGGCAAGAGAUUCGAUGCUACGGCCGACGAUGCGCAGAGGCCAAGGGUCUUCUGCGUCUUCAAGGACUUUCAAGCGUUGCCUCUCUAUCUCAUCCAGGUCAUGGUUGCGUCCUGA